CUCACCCAACAAAUGCUCUGUGUCUAGUAAGUUUUGUCUCUGUUACCUGAUCCAAAUCCCAACAACUAACGGCCACUGAUUUUCACUCAUUAAAUUCCAAAAACAGCCCUCCACGAUCUACUCCCAGUAUAAAACGAACAAUGCCAAUCCUCACUCUGAGAACCCUCCACUUCCUCCACUCCAGAAGGGCAUUUUCGUCAAUGACUACCUCCACCCCUUCCGCCACCACCAAGGCCCGUCUGAGAGGCGUGGUGUUCGAUAUGGACGGAACCCUAACGGUCCCCGCCAUCGACUUCCCAGCAAUGUACAGAACAGUGCUCGGAGAAAAAGAGUAUUUGAAAAUUAAGUCCGAGAAUCCGACUGGUAUUGAUAUUUUGCACCAUAUUGAGAAAUGGAGCCCCGACAAACAGAAACGGGCAUAUGAAAUUAUCGCGGAUUUUGAGAAACAGGGUUUGGAUCGCCUCCAAAUCAUGCCGGGUGCUUCAGAACUUUGUGGUUUUCUUGACUCCAGGAAUAUUAGAAGGGGAUUAAUUACUAGAAAUGUCAAGGGAGCAGUUGAUUUGUUUCAUUUACGCUUUGGGAUGAUAUUUUCUCCUGCAUUAAGCAGGGAAUUUCGACCUUAUAAACCAGAUCCUGCUCCACUGCUUCAUAUCUGCAAAGCUUGGGGCGUGCAACCAGACGAGGUUAUGAUGAUUGGGGAUAGCCUUAAAGAUGACGUGGCAUGUGGGAAACAAGCAGGAGCUUUUACAUGCUUGCUUGAUGAAACAGGAAGUUACGAUUCUCCUGAGUAUGAAAACACAAAAUUCAAACCAGAUUACAAAGUAACAUCUCUUGUUGAAGCUCGAUCACUGUUGGAAAAGAAUUUCGACCUUACCCCAUGAUCAAAGACACAUUGAUAUGCGGCACCUCGUUAAAGCUUUAUUGCCUCUAGUUUCUGGAUAUAUUUUGUGGUCGGACUAGAAUUUUGGUUAUAUAUUUCGUAAAUAUAGCCCCGAGAAUGGUUUGUUCACGGUUAGUUCUCCAAUUAGUUGGCGGGAAUAGUUCAGUUUCACCUACUACUUUUUGCUUCAAUCAAUGGCUUCCUGUGUAGACGUGGCCAUGCCAGCCUUGGUGAAACAAAAGCUUCUGGGUGAUGGACCGAAGAUUGUUGAGGAAAUUGGUGGAGCUUUCUUGUUUUCUGCAAGUGUACAUCUCUUGCUUGUAGUAGUCUUAUUUAAAUGUUCAGCUAACUUGAUUUUCAAGAUCGUGCGUUCAGAUUAGAUUCGAAGAACUGUUGGUAUCGUACUUUCCUUCUCCUUUGAAACUUUAAGUUGCAUUGAACUGAAUAAUUGUAUGUUCUCUUCGUGGUUAUAUCUUCUCAGUCACCAGAGUUCCUGAUUAAAGGUGUAAAGAGAGGUUGGCUCUGGCCUAAUUUGAGCCAAA